CCGCGCCUGCCCGGUUCGCGCGCCCGCGCUCCCGGGCUCGCGCCCCCCCUUCUUCCCCUUGCCUUCCCCCUAUUCCUUUGCCCUCGGCCCGGUCCCGGGACCCGACGGACGGACGGACGGAGCGAGCCCGAGGCGGGAGGCCGGAGGCCGGAGCUGGCGGAGCCUUCGGAGCAGAGAGGAGGAGGACGCGAAGGAGGAGGAAGAGCGGGGGGAGCGCAGGAGCCGGGGUCCCAGCAGCCGCCUCCGAGGCGGCCGGGCGCAGGUGCAGCCAGGGGAAUGUCUUGCUACCUCAGAUCACAGAGUUGCCCGGACCCAGGUCCUAUCUACGUCAGGGAAAAUGGCCGCCUUCACAUGGUAAGCCUGGCCCUUGAUGGUGUUGCGAGCAGCUUGCGGGAGCCAAGGCCUUUGAGGUUGUUCCCCAAAGGUUUCUCCGUGGAGCUGUGCAUGAACAGGGAAGAUGACGCGGCCAGGAAGGAGAAGACGGACCACUUCAUCUUCACCUACACAAGGGAAGGGAACCUCCGUUACUCAGCCAAGUCCCUCUUCAGCCUCGCACUGGGCUUCAUCUCCGAUAAUGUCGACCACAUCGACUCCCUCAUCGGCUUCCCUGAACAGAUCGCUGAGAAGCUCUUCUCUGCCGCGGAAGCCAGGCACAAGUUCACAGAACCUGGCGCGGGGCUGCGCGCAUUGCAGAAGUUUACGGAGGCCUAUGGGCGCUUGGUGCUCUGCUCACUCUGUCUUCGGAACAGGUACCUGGUGAUUUCGGAAAAGCUCGAAGAGAUCAAGUCCUUCCGUGAGCUGAGCUGCCUGGAUCUUUCUUGCUGCAAGCUUGGAGAUGAGCAUGAACUCCUGGAGCAUCUCACCAAUGAGGCCCUGUCCAGUGUGACUCAGCUCCGCCUGAAGGACAAUUGCCUCUCGGAUGCUGGUGUCCGGAGAAUGACCGCUCCCGUGCGGGUGCUGAGAAGAGGGCUAGAAAACCUUGCCUUACUGGACUUGUCCUGUAACCCAGAGAUCACCGAUGCAGGAAUUGGGUAUCUCUUCUCCUUCAGAAAACUGAACUGCCUGGACAUCUCUGGGACAGGCCUUCAGGACGUGAAGGCCGUCAUGCACAAACUGCAGACUCACAUUGGCCUCGUUCACUCCAAAGUGCCUUUGAAGGAAUUUGACCACAGCAGCUGUAAGACGGAGGGCUGGGCAGACCAGAUUGUUCUGCAGUGGGAGCGCGUGAUCUCCGGAGCCGUAGCAGGCCAGGACAAGCCCCGGACAGCGGCAUCGCGCUUCUAUGGAAAGCGACCCCGGACAGAAGGCCCUGCCAAGUGUCCCUUAGCAGACUCCCACACGACCUCGGGUGAGAAGCUCCAGUUCUAUAAGGAGAAGGCUGAGGAGUGCCACGGGCCAUCCUUGAAGCGGGAGGCGGCCGCGAGCCAGGAACUCAAGAGCACCAAGAAGAGAGCCCUGGAAGAGCCCGACAAGGACGCGCCGAGCUCUUCCCCGUCAUCCAGGCAGAAAUAUGUCUGCCUCACCGUGGAAGACUGGGACUUGCUUAAUUCCUACUGACCGGCAAGGGGGGAUGGCGGCUUCUAGCCCUGCUGGUGCCAUGGGGCGCCAGGGGACCUGGGCCGUUGGCUUGGAAUCAGGCCACGGCCUAGUGGAGUGAGCUGACGUGUCGGUGCUCGUGUCCGGAGCAGGAGGCCAGCGUUUCUACUGUAUAUUUUCAAUACAUAGUAAUUUUUCAAAUAAACCUUUUUGCUGUUGUUA